UUUCGCUUCUCCUCUGAGGCAAUCAUCAGGUGAAAUACUCCAUCAACACUUCAGAGAACAUUACGGGAUGGCUACGACAAUAACGCAAUUGGGAAGUCAGCUUGGGAGUUUCUUUUUGCCGUACCUAACUGUUUUAUGCCUGGAUGCAUAUGGACUGAGAGGGAGUCUUUUACUUCUGAGUGCCAUGAUGUUUCAUAGUGUUCCAAUUGGAGCGACAAUGCGUCCACCCCGAUGUCCGAAAGACCGAAGUAAACUAAAUGAUCCUAAACGAACAGAAGAUGCUCACUGUGAACUUGAACCACUUCAAACCGGUAACGUCGUUGAGAGUUGCGAAUCUCCGGGUAAAAAAGAAACAUCCCGAGAAUUAGUGAAUUCAAAGUCUGAUAUAAACACUGAAAACAAGGAGAAGCGAAGUUUUCUACACUAUAUCAAUGUGGCCCACGUGGUCAGUAAAAUUCUUCAUGAUACUGUCGAUUUCGUUAAAGCUGAACGUGUUUUUACAUUCAUUAUGCUCCCCUGCCAGACUUUCUUCGAAAUUUCUUACAGCUGUUGGAUAAUAUCUUUAUUCUCCUAUGGAAUAUCAGAAGAAUUAUCGAACGAUGAAGCCGUUUUCUUGGUGAUGAUGGGUUCUAUCGGUGGCAUAACUGGGCGUUUUUUGGUCAUAGCAAUCCUGUACAGGUAUCCUGUCGUUUCGCCUCAACUGCUGGCAUUAAACUGUUUAAUAGCAUCCAUGUCAAUGUUGGUCUACCCUGUCAGUUCAUCUCCGACAUAUUUGGCAAUUUGUUCCUUUUUUGCCGGAUUUGGUUUUUACAAUUCAUACUCGGCGUUUUACGGAGCAAUCUCUGUGCUUGUGGGAAGCAAAAAUUUCGCAAAGGCCAUUGCUUUAUCUUUCGUUGUGUGUGGAAUAUCAUCUCUCAUAUCAGGACUGAUUACAGGUUUCCUGUAUGAUCUAUUCGGUUCAUACCGGGUUACUUUCCGCAUCGCGGGGGUUCUUCUGGCUGCCAUCGGUUUGUCAAUCCUGAUUUAUCUCGGCAGAGAUUCUUUACGGCGCAGGAAGACUUUGACAGAUCAAUGAAUGUACAAAUUGACAGAAACACAGAACGAAAGUGAUGGUAAUAAUUGGAUAUAAAAGGAUACGUA